AUGCCGGACUUAUUCGACGGGUUCUUUACUAAGCUAGGAGCCAAACUCAACGGCGGCCACACCAGGCGCCACUACGGGGGCGACUCCCAGGUCAACACGGGCAAAUUCUACAGCUACCACAGUAGCGCCAGCAAUAACAAUUAUUGGCUUCCUCGCAAGCCUUCAAUCUCGUCGGAGACUGAAGACGCGAAGUUAGUGGAAACGCAAGGUACACGUGACGGCAAGAUGAGCCUUGACUUUAAUGACGAUAUGAGUGCUGGUGUGCAGGAUCGCAGCAGGUUCAAUAGUGUUGCUUCAGAGAAGUGA